AUGUACGUAUUUCAUGGGUCUGCUCAGAAAUCAGUGGAGGAGACCACAUCCCCUGCGGACCAGAUCGACAGGGCUAUACUGGAGUACAUCGACACACACCCGGAAUUCACAAUAAGUGUUAAAAAGGCUGGUCCGGGGGUUUAUAUUAUCGGCAAUAGACGAAUGCGCUUGACCACUCGGGGGGAUAUGACUGUUGUUCGAAUUGGCGGCGGCGUUUUAAGGUGGCAAGGUAUCCCCUGUUAUUGCAGCAUCAUGAUUAACGCUUACCCCAUGUCGUCGGUCUUAUUACAUCUCUUCACGUUGGUGGCCGCUGUUGUUGGAGGUGAAUUUCCAGAUGGAAUGUACCGCAGUCAUCCCGGUGGUCAUAACUGGAUCGAUAUGAUCGCCAACUUUUCGGCCACGAGCAAGUCGGUAUCGAUGAAGAUCAGAUGCAGUCCGUCCGGAGAGGCGUCUCGGGCUGUCCAUGUGUCACUAGAAAAUAAUGGGGUAAGUGAGGUUGUUCACUGCAGGAGUGAAUGCAUUGCAACCAGCCUCAUACCGGAGGAGAUCAGCACGAUUGGAGGCGAAUCGGAGUCUCCGGUGGAUGAGAAUGACACGCGAUUCAACACGGACAACGUCGAUUCCGUGCCGGGAGCACGAUUGUCGGCCACGACCCCUGGUCUUCGGCUCGGUAUCCACUCGGCCCCUCCUAAGCUGUUACAGGAGGCGGGGAAGCUGCAUCAUCAUCAACAACAGUCGAGUGAACCUUCGCCUUCAAGUCAUCGUGGCUACAACAUUCAAUUCGACACGAGUGUGUCUGAGUAUCCCUCCCCUCCGCCGGCUAGUUGUAGCCCUCCAUUGAGACGCGAGGAUGCUCCCCGAAUUGCGGGCGCUUUGCCCGAGCGCCAGGCUACAUGCAUUGCCGAGGUCAUUCCCACUCCGGCUCCUGUGCCAAAGGCUAGAGGUGUGCUGAGCGGGGGCGCCACGUUUAACGGCAGCCGGAUAGAAACUCCGCCGGGAACUGAGGAACCUAGCAUCCGAGCGUCCGUGUUCGCCACUCUCGGCCGGAUGCUCGACGAGGAAAAGCUGAGCAAGAAAGAGGUCCAGCUCGCUAUCAAGCUCAUUGCUGGUCCGAGAGGAUAUUCUGCGCGUGCCUCGGCCCAGUCGUGCGGCAAAGAGAACAGUAACGAUUAUCCCAUUUGUGAUACUGCGACACUUUUGACAAUCUCAGAACCUCGCCAGAGCCCCAUGUCAAUAGGGCAACAUCCCAACCACCGUUUGCUAGUCUGUUUGUCAUGCCGAAUGUCACGGGCGUUAUCUUACCUGGAAGCCUUUCGAGAAGAAGGUCGUCUUCCAGGGGGACGAGACUGCAGCAGGAAUCCCAUCUUCGAAUAUGAUGGGGACCCUGAUGACGUCUUCAAGCGGCAUAGCACUGUGGAUUGCUCUCUACUCGAGGAGGCCCAACGUAUCUUGGAUCGAGUACUAGAACAGUUCGGCUCGAGUGAAUCGUACAUGGAAGCUGCAUUCGGAUCUGAGACGGUCAGUGGCACGGAGCUACGGCAUCGUAUGGAAGAAUAUCUGGCAGGAUUAGGCUUACUAGGAGUGGUCGAGAUUAAGGCAUCCAAUAAGCUCCUCAGCAUCGCCAAUGUCGUGAAGACUCCUCCGGAUAGACACGUGUUGCAUCUCACAGAUACACCGGUGCCAACAGGGAUGAUACCGGGACUGUGCGCUCAUGAGAUAGGGACCCACCUAUUGAGGAUGCUCAAUAACGAUCUUCAACCUUGGAGAGCCGACCGGCGUCUGUCUGGUCCUAAAGACAAUCGUCCAAAGCUGGAGAAUCAUUUUGCUACCGAGGAAGGAUUAGCUACACUAAACGCUCUGGUGCAGUCGGACAAGAGACCCAAGAAUGCAGAGUUAUACCUGUGGUCCCCCGCGUUGCGAUAUUGGGCAACAGUGCAAGGUCAGAAUCGUAGCUUCGUUCAGCUCUUCCACUUGUUACAACGCUACGUCCAGGAUCCUGUGAGGCGCUUUAAGCUGUGCAGUCGUGUGAAAAGGGGCAUCCGGGACACUGGUAUCCCUAGAGGGGCGUGUACGUUGGACCAAGCGUAUUUCCUCGGCGCAGUGGAUAUCUUGCGGAACUUGGACUCCAUUGACUUCGUGCUUCUGCAUUGUUGCCUCAUUUUCUGGGGACUACAGAGAAAAUUGCCAACUACUGAUGUUUUGGAAGGUACAUUGGAGCCUUGCGUAAAGUUGCUCGCGUAA